AUGCAGCAACCACCGCAACCACAGCAGCCGCAGCAGCAAGCGCAACCGCAACCGCAACCGCAACCGCCACAGCAGGUUGAACAGCUGGUAAGCCCUACCCCCUUCCUGGCACCUCCCACCCUAACAGCCCAGGACAUCAUCGUCGAUGGACGAUUCAAACUCCUCAGCUACCUGGGCGGCGGCUCCUUCGGCCAGGUCUUCAAAGCCCUCGACCUCCGCACCCAGCAACCCCUGGCCCUCAAACUCGAAAACCGACGAGACAACGACCGCAUGACCUCCGAAUACAGAAUGACCGAGGCCCUAGACCGAUGCCACGGCUUCCCCCGGGUCCUCUACUACUACGCCAAAGUGGACGAUUUCCGAGUCCUGGGCCUGGAACUCCUCGGCCCCUCGCUCGGGGAUCUGCGCCGGUACUGCGGCGGCUCGUUCUCCGUCAAGACCACCCUGAUGAUCGCCAUCCAGCUGCUCGCCCGUCUGCAGCAUAUGCAUAAGAAUUGCCACCUGGUUCAUCGGGAUCUCAAGCCCGAGAACUUUCUCAUGGGCAUCGGGAGGAGAGGUCAUAUGGUUUAUUUGACGGAUAUGGGGCUCUCUCAGGCUAAGUUUGUUGCUCCCAAUGAUCCCAUGCAUUAUAGGGUUGUCGUGGAGCCGGGCUUGGUCGGGACCCCGCAUUGGGCUAGUUUGGCGGCGCAUAGGCUGCAUGCCCAAACCUACCGCGACGAUCUCGAAAGCCUCGGCUACAUCCUCCUCGAGUUCGUCCUCGGCGGCCUGCCCUGGUCCAACCCCCAGCCCGUGGAUGGUCUGACCCCGGCGCAGCGCCGCGUGCAUCUCAAACAACUCACCACCCCGCAGCAGCUGUGUCAGGGCGCACCGGACUGCUUCCGACAGUAUUUCGAUUAUGUGACCACGCAGCUCGCUUAUAACGACGUACCGGACUACAAGAGGCUCAUCAAGAUGUUUAAGAAGGAGUUCUGGGACCGGAGAUAUCAGUUUGAUAAUGUGUAUGAUUGGACGAGGAGGCGGUAUGCGGAGUUUAGGGUUGUGGAUUAG